GGCGCACACAUAGCAAUCAUGGAAACCUUUGCUGUCCUAUAUUUUUUCAUCCUGUCGGGAAUUUUCAUUAAUGGUGAGGCUCUGAUUCAAACCCAGCAGACCGUGUGGACAGCAGUAGGAGACCAAGCCUCUCUAAGCUGUCAGCUCACGGAGGAAAAAGAUGUCCUCCAGAUCACCUGGCAGAAAGUCCUCCCUGAUGGAGAGAAGAAUCUCGCCACCUACACCAAGAAAUUCGGUUGUAGAAUGAACGAUGAUCUGAAGGAGAAGAUGGAUUUUCAGCACAAAAAUCUUCAGAGCUGCUCCAUGGUGAUCAGGAAGGUGACGGAGGAGGAUGAAGGCUGCUACAGAUGUUUGUUUAACACCUAUCCUGGAGGAGCUCUGAUAGGCUGGACCUGCCUCAGACUCUAUGAGCUGCAUGAACCUAUCCUUGAUGUGAGGAGAUCAAAGUCUCCUGCAGAGUCAGUUGUGUCCUGUUCAGCCACAGGUCGACCUGCUCCCACUGUAACACUGACUGUUCUACAGCAGAACCUCAGCUUCUCCCACUACAACAGCAGCAGUGUGACCCACAGCAACGGUACAGUCACCGUCACCACCACAGCUCUGCUGUCAGCUUCCAGCAGCACACAGGUUGGAUGUUCAGUGUCAGUGCUCUCUGCUGCUCCCAGAGAGAAGCUGAUCACCGUUCCUGGAUUUAAAGGAACAUCUGAUGAUGGUGAGGAACUGUUUCAAAGUUAUUAG